AUGAACUCUCUUUUGUUGCAGCUUUCAGCCUUGGAGAGGCAGAUCUUUGACUUCCUUGGCUUCCAGUGGGCACCUAUUCUUGGAAAUUUCCUGCAUAUAAUAGUUGUCAUAUUGGGUCUGUUUGGAACCAUUCAGUAUAGACCACGUUACAUCAUGGUGUAUACAGUAUGGACUGCUCUCUGGGUCACCUGGAAUGCAUUCAUCAUCUGCUUUUAUUUGGAAGUAGGAGGUCUCUCUAAGGACACAGAUCUGAUGACCUUCAACAUCUCUGUACAUCGGUCAUGGUGGAGGGAACAUGGACCUGGAUGUGUGCGGAGAGUGCUACCGCCAUCAGCCCAUGACAUGAUGGAUGACUACACAUACGUCUCAGUCACAGGCUGUGUUGUCGAUUUCCAGUACCUAGAGGUCAUCCACAGUGCUGUACAAAUACUGCUAUCUCUGAUUGGUUUUGUGUAUGCCUGUUAUGUGAUCAGCAUUUCCAUGGAAGAAGAAGACACCUUUGACUUCAUAGGUGGACUAGACGCGUACUCCCACUACCAGGAUCAUGUUGAGUUAAAGCCUGUUAAACCUGCAGCACUGGGCAGCAUUGGCCCACAGCCGGAAGUCCUGGGUAGUGGCUUCCAGCUGCUAGGAGGAAGCCCCACCCCCCUGGUCAGAGCAUGCACAGCGCAGCACAGCUGCCCACUGCAGCUGUCACCGCCUCUGUCUCAAAAUGAAGCCAGCAACAGCCAGUCCCUCUCAUGCUCCAUCUGGCCUAGAAUGACUCCUUGCAAUCCGUGCUUUUCAGGUUGUGCACAAGUCCCACACCCCCGACCUGGGCGCAUGCCUGGUGCUUCAACUGCACACGCCUGCGCUGUCUCUCAGUCCACCGACAGGCUCAGCUUGGAAACGGAACAGGUCAAAAUUCCCCAGGUCCAACAGGGAUUAGGCAAUGAGCUUGCCAGCCUCCAUGUGCUGUGGCCUCCACCCCAGACCCGUCCACAGCCAGAGCCGGUGUAG